UCAUUUUAUCCUUCGGCUGGUAUACGCAGCGGCCAGCGGCGUUUUUCGUUGUUAUUUCGCGGAACAUCCAAAUAACCAUUCUCGUGUCGUGUUUUUGUGUUUACUUAAUAUUGAAUAUUCAUUGUGUUCUAGUGUAUUUUUAUUUUAAUAAUCUUUCUGUGGUAAAUACCACGUCACACAUUUUCAGAAAACCGGUGAGCGUGACUCUAACUUUGUAUAGACACGUGAAUUCCGCAUCAACAAAAUGAGCGACGUCGAGGAUCGAAAUGGCCAUUCUAAAUCGCGUUCUCCUACACUGAGUCGUAGCCGUAGUAGAUCACUAAGUGAACGUAAAUCACGCAGUCGAUCUCCUACUCGUUCAAAAACUCGCUCCAGAUCAGUUACGCCUCCUCCCAGCCGCAACGGAAGUAAAUACAAAAGCCGUUCUAAACAUUCUUACUCUAAAUCACGCUCAAGGUCUCGUUCCUAUUCUGGUGAACGUAAGCGCAGUUAUCGCAGUCAUUCUAGAGGAUCAGGCUCCAGACGUAGCAGACAUGAAAAUCCUAAACCUAACAAAUGCUUGGGCAUAUUUGGAUUAAGUGUUUAUACAACUGAACAUCAACUUUAUGAUAUAUUUUCCAAAUAUGGAUCUAUUGAUAAAAUUUUGAUUAUUAUUGAUGCUAAAAGUGGAAGAUCUCGAGGCUUUGGUUUUGCUUAUUUCAAGAAACAUGAAGAUGCUAAGGUAGCUAAAGAAGAAUGUUCUGGAAUGGAAAUAGAUGGUCGCAGGAUUCGUGUAGAUUUCUCUAUUACACAACGCCCACAUACUCCAACACCUGGAAUUUACAUGGGCAGACCUACUAUGAGAGAAGAAAGGUCAUCUAGAAGACGAGGUUAUGAUAGAUAUGAAAACAGAUAUGACCGGGACAGAUAUGACCGUGGAGAUCGUUACGAUAGGUAUGAUAGAGAUAGGGAUUAUGAUGAUUAUUAUGAUGGUGGAUACAGAGGAGGUGGCGGAGGAGGUGGUCGUGGACACUACAGAGAUCGCAGAUCUCCAUCACCAUAUUACAAAGGCAGAUCACGCUAUGACCGAUCCCGUUCACGUUCAUUUUCUCCACGUGCGGAAAGAGUUUAAGAAAUUUUCUUUGAAGACUAGGGAUUACAUUUUAAUUAAGAAGAAUUUGUCAAGGCUGAUGAAACAAGUCCAAUUGAAGAUGCUUGGUUUAAAUAUAAUAAUAAUGACAUUAAUAUGGUGUUGCAAUUUUUAGUUUUUCACAAAUCAUUAGGUAUAUUCUUAAUAAUCCUACCUAUUGUGUAUUGGUAUCGUAAACAAAAUGUGUGUAAAUAUUUUUUAGAUUUUAAUUUGUUUGCCUUUAUUUAUUUGUAAAAGGUAAACGGACUCUUAGUGCAUAAUAAAUACAUUUCAUAAUCUAACCCAAGUUGUUCAGUAAUUAUUCUUUUGCAUUUUGUUUAAUGUAUUAACAAUUUAUACAUUAUUUUUUGUUUCAUGCAUUAUAUUAACUAAAUUAAUAGAUUUAAUUGUAUCAGUC